CAGGUCUGUGUGUUACUGAGGAAAAGUGCACAAUACCUUCUUGGAUUAUAUAUAUACUUACACACAUAUAUAUAUAUAUAUAUAUAUAUCUUCCCUUUAAUAAGUAGCCGCUGCGGCUUGUUGUUAGUAACCUUUUUGUGCUGGUGCUUGGAUUUGUGGAUUCAAGGUCACUUGGUGGAUUUCCCCUGUGGAUUUAUAAUUAGCUGUGUCUUUUCUUUCUGAAUACGAGAAAAAUGGAUGUCAAAGUGAAAAAGCCGAGCCGGCGAUCCCGAUCUCAAAGGGACAGGGUGAGGAGGAGAGACCCAUCUGUGAGGGAUCCCCGGAACCAGAGCCCUUCCUCCGGAUCUGAGGCAGAAAGGGGCCUGGGAAAGGAAAAUUCCAACCAGAACGGGACAAAUGGGAAAAAUCCAGCUGCUUCAGUCCGAAACGCCAGACCGCCCAGGCGAAAGAGGCGAGAAUCCAGCUCUCAGGAGGAGGAUAUCAUUGAUGGCUUCGCAAUCGCCAGCUUCAAUACCCUGGAAGCAUUAGAGAAAGAUCUAUCGUUAAAGCCGCCUGAACGGAAAAAGAAGUUUGAGAGGCACCCGGCUAAGAAACCCAGAGGAUUGGGGAACUAUAUAUCGGCAGAGCCGAGUGAGAAUGGACACAAUCAUGAUGCAGGGGGCUCCGAGCGAGAACAAGAACGGGGGAAAGAUCGCUACAAGAAAAACUUCCCCCUGAAAUCUUCCAAUCAGAUCAAGAGCUCCAGGAACAGAAAUGGCAGGAACAGUGAAGAUGGAGGCAUCAGGGAAGCAAUGAGUUCCCAACGUAGCAGCUCCCAUGACCGUCUCAGUGAUAGCUCCGCUCAAUCCCUUUCUGGACGCGGCUACUCAUGUGACAGCGAAAGUGAUGUUGACGAUAAGUGCUCCAAUGUUGGCUCUGAGAUCCUCUUCACGCCAGCUGCUUCCACAGGUGCCCUUCUGAAUGACAAAACAGAAGCACAACUGGCCAACCACCCAAAGGUCUCGGGGCUGGAGCGCAGCCAGGAAUUAAACACUGAAGUCUCUUUCAUCCCACCUAUACACAGUCCACCGCCCCCAGCUGCUGCUAUAGUCACCUCUGCGUCCUCCACACCAGCCUCCAGCACUCGUGCCAGCCCGCAGGUCAAAAAAGAGCCAACCCUUGUAGCCCCAGCUCCUCCACGGCUCACUCCGCAGCCGCAACCACGGCCCCACUCACGCCCCUUGUCUCAGCCUCAGCUGCUUCCCCUGGAAUUCCGAUCUCAGAAUCACCUCCCUGCCCAUCACAACUACCCUGUGCAUCAGCAGGUGCCGCACAACGGGAUUGCCAGCAUCAGCCGUAGCAGCAGUGCCAGCAGUGCAGCAAGCAUCAGCCUCCCCAAACACCUUCCGCCUUCCCCUCAGGUCCCCCCCCAUCACCCUCCCGGACCGGGCCUGCCUCUCUCCAUAUCCAACCUCGCUACCUCCUCGCACUUUGCUCUCAGAUCUCAAGCCCAGCAUCAUCCGGCCAUGUUUGCUGCCCCUCCUACGCUGCCACCACCACCAACUUUACCCACAAACGGCCUUGUUAUCCCUGGCCACCCUGCUGGAGCAGGAUACUCAGAUCAUGAACUUCUCAGGCAAGAGCUGAAUAAUCGCUUUUUGGUUCAGACUGCGGAUCGGGCGGGCGCCCCUCUCGGCUCUGUGCCGCUGCUGAGGGCGGAAUUUCACCAGCACCAACACACGCACCAACACACGCACCAGCACACAUUUACCCCCUUCACUUCCAGCCUGCCCCCGACGCAACUUAUGCCGCCAAAUGCACCCCCCAUGGUGCGUACCCCUGCCCGAAAUUUUGACAAGUAUGCUCCCAAUUUAGACAGCUCUUAUUUCCGCCAUCCCAGCUUCUUUCCAACGUACACCUCUCCGGUGCCUGGGAUGCCCCCAAUGCUUCCACAUUCAGGUCCAUUUGGGUCUCUUCAGGGAGCUUUUCAGCCGAAGACCUCAAACCCCAUUGAUAUCACAAGCAGAUCCAGCGCGGUGCAUCACACCCUCCUACAGAAGACUCCUGGGGUAACAGAUCCAUACAGGACAUCAGUUAGAAAACCAGGCAAGUGGUGUGCAGUACAUGUGCAGAUAGCUUGGCAAAUCUAUCACCACCAGCAGAAGAUGAAGCAAAUGCAGAUGGAUCCACACAAGCUGGACAUUUGUGGCAAACUUGACUUGUUCAGCAGACCUCCAGCCCCUGGAGUUUUUCCAGGGUUCCACUACCCUCAUGAUUUGGCCCGACCCCUAUUCUCCACCACCGGUCCAACACAUCCGGCCGCUACCCCGUUUGGGCCUUCCCCGCAUCAUAGCAGUUUCCUGCCCACGAGCCAUCUGGCUGGUAAGUAUCCAUUUAGCAGGUCAAGCAGCUUCAGCGGCCUGGGGAACUUAGGCAGCAAUGCCUUUGGAGGAUUAGCCAGUCAUGCUCUAACUCACAAUAGCUUGUUCGCUCACAAAGACAGUCCCACUCUACAGAGCUUCACAAAUCCACAUGAACCUUGGAACCGGCUUCACAGGACGCCCCCCUCCUUCCCAACCCCUCCACAGUGGUCCAAAGUUGGAGAUCCAGAGCGCAGCUCAUCGGUGAACAACCAUGACAGAGAUCGAGAGGAAAAGAGGGAACUUUCAAUCACAAAGGAUGAAAGAGACAAGGAAAGGGAUAUACUGGACAAGAGCCGACAUCAUUCUAACAGAUCCUCCCCGGCAUCUGCACCGGUCAGUCACCAAAUAAGCAACCUUAUCCGCAGCAACAGCCAGACUCCCAGUGACUCCUUAAGGCAAGGGAAUCUAGGGGACCGGUCCAAAGAUACAGAGAGGGAGAAUGCUGACCGUUUACGGGAGCCUCUACCCAUAGAGCACAAGAUCAAGGAGAGUCGAUCACCAGUUAAAGAGUCCUCCAUCCAUGACAAAAGGUCAUCAGAAGAUGGCACCAAGCCAGUGAUCCAGUCUGUCUCUCCGUAUGGGAAACCAGCCCUGAGUGACAGCUUAAAGUUGAGCAACCUGGUCGGGAAAGACAACGAAAGGAAAUCUGACUUGCCCACUGAUCUCCAAAAGAUCAAAAGUGAUAUAAAAGUUAAGGAAGAACGUAAGGAAGAUUCAGAUGUGUUAGUGGUUGGUUCAGAGCCUCCUCAUUCAGCAAGGACAUUGGAACACCAACCACAUCCACCCCCAACUUCUUUACAUGGGUUAUCCUUGCAUCACACAAUGGCAGCCUCUAUGCCCCUCUCAAUGGGUAGUGUCCACCAGAUGAACAACUUAAACAACUUAAACAACUUGAACAUGCUGGAACGCAGUAGGGUAAUGACACCCCUCAUGGGCAUGAGCCCUCUUCCUGGCAGAGAGAGGUUACCGCAUGCAGGUUUCACUUGGGACCCAGUAAGGGACCCUUUACGAGAUGCUUACCGCACUCUAGACUUGCAAAGGAGAAUGGAUUUCCACCUUCGUGCUGAUGGCAUGCAUCGAUACCCACCCACGACUGCUGCCAGCUUUUAUGACCAUGAACGUUCGUACCGAGACCGUGAGCCACAUGAUUACAGCCAUGAGCGGCUCCUAGAAGCAAGAAGGGAACAGGAGAGGCUGAGGCAUGCAGAUGAGAGGGAGCGACUGCACUUGAGGGAAGAGAUAGAAAGGGCACGCAUGCACCACUUGCAUUCCUCCCCACUAGAGAGCCAUCUGCCACACAUGCCAUCCUUCAUGUCUCAUCUGAGCAGCGUGCCCUAUCCCAGACUGAGUCCUUCUAGCGCCAUGCACAAUGGGCUCCUUAAUCGGACCCCACCCACAGCAGCACUCAGUGCCCCCCCGCCCUUGGUUCCAGCCAGCAACACAAGGCCCGCCUCUCCCCGCAGGACUAAUCCCCUCACAAGCUCAGAGGCUCGGGACUUCUCUCCUUCUAGAAACCCCAAGGAAGUUGAAGCUCGAUAGUUCUUUACUACAAAAAAAAAAGACCCACAGGAAACAACCAUGAAUUUUAAACUUGUCCUGUACAUAACUUUAUGAAAGUGCACUGCUCAAAAACUUUUCUUCUUUUCCUCCUCCUGUUUUUGUAAAUGUACAUUUGUAGGCUAAGCACACUUUUUCCUUUAGCCAGGGGGAAACUUCAGGGCUGAUAAAUGUUCCAACCUGGAAAAAAAGGAUUCCGCUUAAGGUCUCUGGUCGUGUGACUAUUUUUUUUUGACACGAGAGGCCCAGUAGCCAGAGUGGGAUGGGUUUAGGAGGGGGACUUUUUAAAUGGAUUUUUGUAGUUUUUACAGUAUUUUGUUUUUCGCUACGGUGUUCUUAGUCUCUUCCUAUAAAAAAAAAAAAAUACCCUUUUCUUUAAUUUUAUAUUAGUUGCAUUUUCCUCUCAUAUGGGUGGAAAACGAGUAUAUCUGAUCUUUCCAUAAACUACAUGAGGUUCUUCAUCCCCUUCUAUGCAGUAGAUUUGAACAUGAUUUUGCGAUGCAUAUUUAUACAUGCAUAUAUACUGCUCUGCAGUUUCUUGUUCAUGCUUUCUGCAUUGAAGGGUCAACAGGAUUAUAUGGAUUUUUCUUUAUUCAGCUAACAAAUCAACAUUAUUGCUACCAUUUUUUGAACAGAAAUCACAGAUUUAUUAUUAAAAUAAUAAGAUUAAUGUACAAAACAGUUGCUUUUUUGCCUUAUUUUAUUACAUAAAUUUUAAAGUUUUUUUUUUUCUUGGAAAAAAUAAAAUACCUAGAUUCUUGCAGGAUUUGUAUAUAUUGAUUUACUAGGUUUGUACACCUCAUAUGAUAACGGAUCCACCACAGACUUUGUGAACCCACUCUCAAGCAGAUAACACGGAUUUCAAGGAUCACACUUGCAGUCACACAAACACCUCAUCAUCUUACUAUGCAAUUGGUGUGAGGCGGGUCCUGGAAGAGGGUAUACUGGUAUACUUCCAAAUUCUGCCUUGCCUAUCCUGUGUCCUUAUUGUCUGUAUCUGCCACCUUCCAAAAAUAUAAAAAGGCACUUUGAUUGACUUACGCUGGAACGGAAAUAUAUGAUCUGUAUAGCCGCGGAAGAGCUAAAAUGUGUAACCAUGUCAAACAGAGUUGAUGUUUUUGGAUGGAGUGGUCAGUAAAAGGACUGAAGCAACAAUCCCCCUUGUCACCAGGGUUUAUCUUUGAAAGGGUGGGAUUACUUCCAACCUAAAAUGCCACCUCAAAUGGACAUGAUUUAUUUAUCCCUGUAAACCCUUUGUGCUUUGAACCUGUGCAGUGUUUUCAUUGAAAUCUGUAUACAAGAGCGGUAGAAUCUUAGGAGUGCGCAAAAUCAAAUAUAUAUAUAUAUUAAUAUAUCUAUAAUAUCUCUAAAUAUAUAUAUAAUGGUGGAAAGAAAAAGUGUCUAAAGUUGCAGUCCAAUUUUUGGUCCCUUAUUUUUCCGUGGAAUAUGAUCCUGCAUUUCCAGUG